AAAAUGAAGAUUAAAUAAGUAACACAUUCUUAGACCUAAUUGGAACUGCUUAGAACAAAAGCGGAUUAAAAUCUCCCCCAAUGAAAUUCAUUUGCAAUUUCAUAGGUAGUCCCCUACUUCCACUUCUAUAAUUUUGAGAAAACAUUGCAAUUUCAUCAAUAGUCCCCACUCGUGGGCCAAUUUCAAUUGCAAGCAAAUUUGCACCCUUGCAAUAGCUUCUCACAUCAUAGCAAGUGUAGGAUGCAAUUGCACCUCCUUGCUUAGGGAUGACCAUUACUGCAUCUCGUCACCUGUCUUAGGGAAAUUAGCCAUGGCAAAUUCACAAAAUACUGCAUGCAUAGAAAAAUAUUUGUCUGGAUAAUUAAAAAAAUGGGAGACUUUCCUAGUCAGAUGAUGUACUGGCUCCCCUCAGUACCUGACAGUUUUGAAUGCUGGAGAAAAAGACUGGAAAAAAAAAACCAACAAAGCCUUAGUAAACUUAUUAACAAAAGACAUCCAAUGCUGGCCCCUUUGCUGCUCCAACGCUCCACCCCGCCCUGCAUCAAUCGACUCUCAUGUAAGCCGAGGACGUUUUCUUGAGGAUGCCUCAGGGGUCUCUUCAUGCUCCGUAUGCCGAAGGUCAAUAAAAGUAUUGGUCAAUUCGACGAUACGGUAGACUGGAAAAUAGGUGCACUGGUCCUCCUUAGCAUAAACCCCCAUAUCCAUCCCAACCCUUUCAAGAAAGGUGGUCAAGAAGGUGGCAUAUGGAAAGGCAGUGUACCAGUUUUCCCCUCUAGGAGCAGCCUCAACCAUGUUCAGGCACAUGAGAGAUGCGAGGUUAACAGGAACACCUCUUUGAGCUUGCACAAGGAUAAACAGGUCAAGUUUACGAAUAAUCGAAUGACCACGAUACCUUGGCAUGAAGCAGUUGACGAUCAUCCAGUGGAGGAAUCGAAGAGGAUCUGGGAGGAAAGAAGCCUGGAUGCGCCCCUUUCGUCAGUUUUGCCAGUUCAACUUCAAACUCAAAAUCGUACAGCCGCCCAAGAUCGCUUCUGCUAUCAAUGGGGUGUCCUGCGGCGGGGAGAUCGAGGAUCUCAGAAAACUGAUGAGGCUGGAAGCAGACUCUAUGACCCAGGAAGAUCGACACGAGAUGAGAAUCGCAGGGACCAGACAGCUCUAAAUUGUGGUAGAACUUCCUCACCACAUGCGGGCAGUAACUGGUGCUUCCUCGACUCCGGAGAUCAAAGAACUUUUCCAGCCAAGAUUUUUAAUUAACUUCUUCACUUCUUCAGGGAAAGGACUCAGGUGGAUGAACUCGUACUCGGCCACAAUUGAUGUCUUGCUUGUGAAUGAAAGAUAGUCCCCGAGACUUGCGAUGAAUCGGCAGUCUUCGUUUGAUAGAGAUAGUAUCCCCAUUUCCGCAAAAGAUUUACAGUAAUGAUGAUGUUAACUCGUGUAGCUUAAACUAGGGUAAGUAAAGCUAGUUAAACUAGGGUUGGCGCACGAAUUGAUACUGCAGGAGAAAACAAAUGGGCUCGCACGUUCCAGGCCCACUUUUGAAUAUUGCAUGGGUCAUGUUCAUGUACAAGCCCACGUUUGAAUGUUAUUUAAAAGCCUCCAAAAAUCAAUGAUCGGACCUAGUCCAACUAGAAUUACUCCUAAACGCACCGUUAAUACAUAAACACAAACUAAGGAGACCUCUCCAUCCGAUUCGAAUCAAAUUAUGUGGUCUUCAUCUUCUUCCUCAAUCCUCUGGGCGAGACAAACACUACAUAUCAGGAAACCUAAAUUUCACCGAGAGAUAUAAGGUUCGAGAAAAUCACAAUAACGCUAAGACAAGAUGACAAAGCACUAGCGACAUGAACCGUAGGGUUAGCAAACCUCUUUCAAGGGUUCUUUUGCAAAUGAAAAGUUUGAUGAACACAAUAAUAGACACGGUCGCCGUAAUCGUGUUAGAAAGAGAUAGGCGAGGGAAAAUAAAAUGGCGAAGAAGAAACAAGACAAAAUAAAUUGGAAAAUUCAAUCUACGUCGAAUGUGGAUGCAAGUAAUUGGGAUUCAAAAAGAUGAUUAAGUUGGGGAGUUCAAAUUGGAUGGGGAGCUUCUCUUGGAACUGUGAAGGGGCGUCCCUCCAAGACGAGAGAGGGAUCGUGUAAUUGGUUAGGGAGACUGGAAAUUGGUUAGGGCGGCAGUGGGUCUACCCAAUUGGGUUUGCAGUCUUAAUCCAUUUAAUUUAAUCGGGUCAGUUAGUUGGACUAGGAUGGAAAAAAAAACUUAACGCGGCAGGAGCCUUUUUGUAAUUUGUUUAGUUAUUUAGUGCGCAGGAAGGUUUAACAAACGUGAGCCGUGGAGAUUGAAAACGAAUGGUUAAGAUCGGGCAAGGUACCCGUACCCGGAUUUUGCCCUGGGCACCGUAGAAGUCACCAUAUAUAUAUAUAUAUGGCAAAGGCUAGCGUACCCCCGGACGUACCCUAACCUACCGUACGCCCCGUUGAGUUUUGCUAUUUAGACAAAGAAUUAAUCGGAGUUUCGGACAUGAUACUAUACCCUAACCCCUAGUGGGUGAAUCCCAGUCCCCAAUUCACUAACCCAAAGCAUGAGAUUCGUUUAAUCUUAAAAAUGAAAAUCAACGAUUCUGAUUCGUCAAAAUUUUCAUUGGUUUUCAUUUUAAGAUUAAACGAACCUCAUGGUUUGGGUUAGAAAAUUAGGGACUGGGGUUCACCCAUUAGAGGUUAGGGUAUAGUAUCAUGCCCCAAACUCCGAUUAAUUCAUGAUCUAUAUAGAAAAACUCAAUGGGGCGUACGUAUAUAUAUACAUCUUCAGGUAAUUCAAACAAAUAGACUAUCACAAUAAUUUUCAAACAUAGAUUUAAACAUUGAUUUGAAAAAGCAGUUGCAUCCACCACAUGGGACAUGGGAGCAUAACUCCUCUCAAACAUGAUAGGUCUCUUCGAGAAACCCAUUGCAAAAAAAUUAUGCUAUAUCUCUCCCAAUUUCAUUUUUCCAAUAGCACAAAAAUUUGUUUGUAUCCCGCUAUUUUUACCUUUUUCAAGUGUAAGGACUUUUGGUCCUUAAACUUUAUGCUCUUUGAGCAAGUUUCAUGAUUUCUUUCUAUAUUGGCCAAUAACAUCGUCAUUUGCAUGCAUCAAUAGAGUUUUACUCUUGAU